AUGAAGCAGCCGCAAGGCCAGUAUUUUGAAACGGAACAACUCUGUGGCGCAGCUUGUGCAAUGACACGUGAUAAGGGUGAUCAUUUCCGGCGAAGUAAAAUAAAGGUACGAAACGCCACACCUGCAAGAAUGAAGCAGCCGCAAGGCCAGUAUUUUGAAACGGAACAACUCUGUGGCGCAGCUUGUGCAAUGACACGUGAUAAGGGUGAUAACACAUUCCCGGCGCCUCAUAUGGUUCACCGAGAAGAUGUCGAUUUACUAGAUUCAAAAGAAUCUCGUUCUUGCCAUGUCCUGUCUUUUCAUUGGGCGUUCGAACCUCUUUGGACGUUUGGGAUCUUCGGCGGCCUCUCAAAAUUGUGCGACACUUGA